GCCUCUCUGCGGCGCUGCGCGGCACCCAGCUUCCUAUACGAAGCACCGGAGGCGGGGUAGACUAGCGGGCUGGCCAUGGCGUCAAUGGUGCUGGAGGCGACGAGGGUGGUCCAUGAGGACUUGGAGAGGCUGGAGCGCCUCGCGGCGCGCGAGCUGCAACGGGAGCCUGAUAACUCGCGCGGCCGCUUUUUUCAGUCCCACCGCAUCCGCCACAUGCUCGACCUCGUCGUCUCCACCUCCUGCAAGCUCACAAUGCAGAGAAUACUUGGAACACAUUUUGGAAUAUCUGACAUCAUUUCUGUAUCGCAUAGAGCCAUUGCAAGACGUCGAUAA